AUGGGAAAGUUAUUCAAGAAGUUCCGAAUAGAAAAGGCUAACGAGAGGAAGAAGGCUAAAGAAAAACCAAAAAUAAAGAAGACGCAGGAGAUAAGAAGCCAUACAAAGGAGCGUUCUGAAACAGAAAAGAUAUUCUGUUGCCUUGACGUUUCCUAUAGAAGAAAAACAGGAUAUAGAAAAAUCCUUGUCCUGGACGAGGUAGAGUUAGAAAGAAACAUAUUCCUUAUAUUGGAGAAAGUGCUAGAGGUGGUAGUAACUUUUGACAUUGUAGAUAGCCUGUUCUAUUCUGUAUUGAAAAGAAUCGUAUAUCUUAAAAACAGCGUUUCCAUACACACACUUCUUAUAGACUAUUUCCUUGGGUCCAUUCUUUGCGGAGUUAACUACGAAAAGUUUGGAUGCUUUCUUCUUAAACAUCUGCCACAGCUCUUAUCAAGUAGCAAAGGUAGGAUUCUUCCAAUCAUUCCCAACGGCGAGUUAAAAGAAAGCAUAUCUAAGCUUAAGCCAGGGAGCAAAUUCCUCACUUUCAAGUACCAACAGAAGUUCAUGGUGUUAAAGGACGGUGUACUGACAACUACUAAUAAGUACCAAUUUGGAUAUUGA